AGUUCGUUGGUCGGGGUGUCGCGGUUUGGGCUCGAAAUGGGCCCAUGCCGAGGGCCGUGGGCCCCACAUUCAAGUACGCACGACGUCGGCGGAAAAAGAACAACAAGGGCAGGUGGAGGCGAUGCCAGGCCGCCUCCUGUGCAUGCAUCUCCGCUGAAGACUGUUGUAGCCUCGUCAAGCACCAGCACAGUCAAGCACAGUCUUCAGUGGCACCAUCCUUCUGCAGGGCGUCCUGCAUGCUGCCCUUCAAUGAGAGGAGGCACCUGGUGCCCAUUCACUCCAUGAAGUCCCGACUAGAAAGCCUGGAAGCUCGGAACGAGUCGCUCGCCAUUUGUUGGCGUACACAGAGAAAGCUGGCAGGAUCUGAAAUUCUUCAAAAAGUGGUCGGCAAGACUCGACAGGUGUCAAUGCCUUCCAGUAUCUUUUACCUGCCAUCGCACGGAUAA